AUGGCCUCUUCAACACUUAUUCGCACUUUGGAACACCAUGCUAAACGGAUUCUUAUGGUUCGACCAACUUAUUUUGAGGUGAGGAAAAGGGUAAAAUUGAAAAUGAAGGAAUCGCAUUUGUUUUGAAUGUGAGUGUGUUUUUCUAUUUAGAGAACCUUACAAAUCUCAAAAAGCGCGAAAAAAAAUAAAAAACAAAACAUGAGGAAAUUAAAACCCAUAAAAGAUGUUUGUUUAUUCGAAAAUGUCCUAAAAUCUGUUGUCUUUUUUUCAGCUCAAAUAUUCAAUCAACCCAUGGAUGGAUAUGAAAAGAGGAGUAAAUAGAGAAAAAGCAUUGAAUCAAUGGAAUAUCUUGAAAACUACAAUUGAAAAUUGUGGAGCUAAAGUUGAUGUCAUGGAACCAACGGUAUGAUUUUUUCUCAUUAUUAUGAUCACAAAUGGGGCAGAUUAGUUCAUCAGACACUAUCGUUGUAAGACCCAGAGAGUCGUCCUAUGAUUCUAGAAAAUGAUUUGGACACCCUACCGCCUAGGAUAUAUUUUGAAAUUGCUCAGGGUUUGCGUCCCCAUUCCUUACCCUAAAGAACCUAACAUAUGUUCGAUGAACUUUUGUAGUCUGUUUCAUUGACAUUUUCGUUAUGAUAAGAGUUUUGAUAUAUAUUUCAUUUAUCAAACUUUGUAUCUGUUAUUGUAAUAAAAAAGGGCAAUAACUGACAGUUUGUGGGAAAAUGGGUGCGCGAGAAAUUUUUGACAGAUUCUCUAAGUUUUUGGAGAUAUGAUGAGAAACAAAGCAACAGAAGGAAUUAGUUGUUUUCUGAAUUCUGAGAAAUAGUUAAACAAUGUUCAGGUUCUCGAAAAUAAUUUGAGUUUUAAUCGUGAACUGAAAAUUUCAAGAAAAAAAUAAUUCAUUAAACGCACGUAAAUAAUCACGGUGUAUUAUUUAUUGCCUAUAAUUUCAAGGGACUUUUUUUCUGAGAACUUUAUAAAAUUCGCGAUAAACACGUUUCUCGAACAAAUAAUUUUGAAUUUAGGGCUAUAAAUCUGAAAACCAGAAACCUUGUCUGUCUCAACGACAAAAAUUUGAAUCAACUUCAAAAAACUUCCAAAAAAAAAACAAUAACUUUUUUUUUAAAUCUUCAGCUUCCCUAUGAUUUAUUUGAAUAGUAAACUUUUUGAAACAGUUGAAAAAGACAAUUUUUAGGGUGCCGAAGCUUUGCCAGACAUUGUAUUCGCUGCCAAUGCAGCAAUUAUCAAAGGAAACAAAGCCUAUCUCGCAAGUUUUGCUCACCCAGAAAGACAAGGAGAACGAUAUUUCUACGAGAAUUGGUUCACAGAAAAUGGCUAUGAAUGCGUGGGAAAUCAAGAUAUCCCAUCAGAAGGUAAGAAAACAAACAAAAAAUAAAACAUAAUAGGAAUAAGGCGACGAAAAAUAAACAAAUGAUUGACUGGAGGCGGAAAAGGACCCCUGAAAUAGUUCGUAGAUCAAAUUACUGGUUGCUUGACUAAUACUUGAAAGCACUGAAGACGAACCACAAUUUCCGACAUAAAUACACUAUAAUUUGCAUGAUCUCAAAACACAGUGUAAUAUGAUAUAAGAAAUUUCAAGGAAAGAAGGAUCAUGAAUGAAAUUGAAAAAAAACGACGUGACACGCGAAAUUUUAUGAAUAAGUAAACAUAUGUUUUAAGAGAGGAGGGUCAACAUUUUUGUUAGUUUUUUAUGGCAAAAAAUGAAACAUCAAAUUUUCUUCUCUCUUUUAAUUAGGUUCUUAAAAGAAAAACAUAUCUGCAAAGUCUUCCUUAUUAAUUUCGAAAAAAAAACUUCCUCAAUAAAAGUUCAACAAAACAAAAUUGUUCAAAAGAUAAAUGUUUUACAGGAGCGGGAGAUGCACUUUGGGGUGGCGAGCAAUAUCGAACUCUUUUCAUGGGCGUGGGAACUCGGACCGAUGUAAGAGCUCUUGGCGAUGUUGCGAGCAAACUUGACGAUUCAACAAAUUGGAAAGUGAUUGGAUGUCGACUUAUUGAUCCAAGGUUUGUUUAUAUUAAAAUUGAGAGCAAUAAAACAAUUGCAAGAAAUCAGAAAAGCGAAAUGCAUGAAAAUGCAGAAAAAGGAGAGAAUAUAUUGUGAAUCAGAGAUCAGAUUUUUGAGAAUCUUUGAAAAUUAAUGAAACUGGAGGUUUUUGAAACUUUAGGAAAUGUAGGGUUUUGAUGAAGAAAAAUAAAGAGGCAAGCAUUUUAUUUCUCCAUGAAAAAUUGGGAUCAUUUCAAAAGUAUUUUGUAUCUCUGAAAACUUUCAACUUUAGCUCUAAAAACUUGGUGUUAAAAACCAAAACCUCUUCAGCGGCCAUUUUGAGCACAUACAGAUCAAUCAAACAGUUUGAAAACAAAACAAGUUAAAAAUUUCAGAUUCUACCACAUCGACACUGCAUUCUGUCCAUUGAACGAAACUUCGGCCAUCUACUAUCCAUAUGCUUUUGAUCACAUCACACAACAUAACAUGAGGAAUGAAACGGAACUCAUUGAGGUUUUUGUUUUCUGUUUUCUUCCCGGAAAUUAAACAAAAUUUUUUGUAGGUUUCACUUGAGGAAGCUCGCAACUUCGCGUGUAAUGCUGUAGUCGUUGGUCAAAAUGUAAUUAUGCAUCAAGGAAAUGAGAAAAUUGCAAACAAAUUAGUCAACAAAGGGUUUCACUGUCAGGUAAGAAUUAUUAUGAGAUAAAAUAUUUAUCAAACUAUUUUUUUUUUUUUAUCAAACUAUUUUUUUACAGAUUCGUGGACAUGAGUGA